AUCCCGUACAAUAUGCCUUUAAGUUGUUGGAGGAAAACUUUCUCAAUUUUACUCAAUUUUAUGAAAGAUAGAUUUGAUAUUGCUCUGUAAAUGUUAAUAAUAGAGUCAUCUAGGCUCCGCUUUAUUAACUGGUGUUUUCAAGGAUUUUAGGAAAUUCCCUGAUUGGAGAGUUGUUAACUUUGCAAUAUGUCUAUUGCUAGGCAGUCAAAAACAUUCUUAAAGAGAUUGGUAGGUAAAUUAUCAAAGCAAUAGAUAAAGAUAUGUAAUGUCUCUGAAAAAAUGAAAUCCACCCAUUUUAUAUUAAGGCGAGGCAUCAACAUGUGUGUGGACUGUGACUCAAGUUCCUUGGCGCAAUGUUUGACUUGAGCGGGACCAACUUUGGAACUGUUGAAUGUUCUAACUGCUCAAGUAAGAGGAAGUCAAUAGACCAAACAACAUGGCUGCCAGAGUUCCAAAAUGGUCCAAACAAAUUUGAAGGGGCAAAAAGGUGGGAUUAACUUCUGCCAAUCAUCAAACUUGGUGUAGUUAAAGGCACAUGGGGGCAAGAUCAAUUGCUCCCAAUUGUAUCCAGAUCUUGCAACAGGAGGCCCUAAAACAUGAAGAGAAAAUGCUAACUUUGGACAGUGAUAUUUUCUGAACCAUGAUAGCUUAUUCAGCAAUAAAACCAUGCUAUUCUGUCAAGUAAAAUCAUAUCAUCUUCAGUCUAGGCCAAUGAAAGGGGAACAGAGGUCAGACAUUUUCCGAUCUCAAUCCAACCAUUGAAUGUUCUGUUCUAUCUGUCUGAACAUCAAACAAUGCAUAACUCUUAUUUGUGUUUCUUUCGUGUUUAUUUGAGUCCUGUGUUUACUGUUUACACACCUUGAGGUAUUGGAUCAAUACAAACAAAGAAUUAAACACACAAAAGAUAUUGAAACAUCAUUAAAGACAAAUACUGUGUGCACACUGGUAACCGUCCCUAAGCUCACCCUCAGGACAUGGAGGCCUGUCCAGGAACUGUUAAGUGGGCUCAUGAAGGCGUAGGCUAUAAAUGUGUCCUCAGAUGAUCACUGACCAGUCACAGUUUAGACUCUUCGCACAUAGUGGAUUUCAUCUUUGUGGAAUACAUUGAAGGAUUCGUGCAUACCAGAUUAUGAAUGAUGGCUGGGGCUGUCCACCCAAUUCUCUCAGUUUGUCCCUCACGGGCACUCUUUACCGAGAAGUUCCGGGUGCUGGUGGAGAAUCUGCCUCCUGGUCUCUCAGUCACUUUGCACUCUCUUCACUGCUCUGAGGUGAAGGAUUAUUGGGAGGCAUACGGACACUAUGUCGCUGACAAUAAAGGGACUAUCGAUGUUUCACAAGAGGCUAGUCUGGGGGGAACCUACACAGGAAAGGAGCCGAUGGGUUUACUGUGGAGUAUGAUCCCUGUGCCAGGAUCUAAAGAGCAUGCAGUUUUGUUCAAUGUUGACGUGGAGACACCACAGGAGGUGCUCAUCUCGGUGUUUCAGGGCCACCUCUCUGAAGGCUUCAGGCAGAAGCCUCCCCUGGCCUCAGUGGUGGCCGAGAGGUGGUCCAUGGCACCGGGGCUGAAGAGGAUCAGAGUGCAAGAGAAGGAGAUUGAGGGCAUCCUCUUCAUCCCUCCGGGUCCUGGACCCUUUCCGGGAGUGCUUGAUGUAUCAGGCUAUGAAGUGGAGCUGACGGAGUGCUAUCCCGCAAUGCUUGCGUCUCAAGGUUUUGUAGCCUUUGUGGCCAAAUACGUCAUUCCUGGAAGAGAAUUGAAGAUGGACUAUUUUCUGAGGGCGUUUGAGUUUCUUCAGGAGCAUCCGCUGGUGAUCAGCAACAGAGUUGGACUCAUUGGCAUAUCUCAGGGUGCAAUCGUGGUUCUCAAUAUGGCAUGCCGCACCGAAGCUAUCAGUCCUCGCUGCUGUGUCUCUAUCAAUGGCAGCCACUUAUUGAUGGAAGAGUCGGCUGUUACAUUUUGGAAGAAACACUUUAAAAUGAAGGAACACACCAUUCUGCGAAAUGAGCAGAACCAUGUAACAAUGCGCGGUUUGACACUACCUCUCCCAAAUGAAGCAACUAUAAAUAUGGAAAAUAUAAAUUGUCCAUUGUUGCUGGUUGUUGGGGAAGACGAUCUUAAUUUCCCAUCUGCAGAAUGUGCUGAGUUGAUGGCAAAGAGGAUGCACACAGCGGGCAAAGAGCACCUGUUGACCAUACUGAGUUAUCCAAAUGCCGGACACAUCCUCCGUUUGCCCAAUAGCAACCUUGCCCGGAUCUCCCGUUACCGCUUUCCAUGCUUCGACCAGCACGAAAUUAUACUGUGGGGAGGACACCCAAAACCUCAUGCAUUUGCUGAGGAAGACAGUUGGGACAAGAUCUUGGCCUUCCUCAAGCAACAUCUGUACCCUGAUCCUCAAAGUGUCCCCGAUGCAGCGCUGUGUGGGGCACCACAGGGGAGUUGUCGAUAAGGGUUGGGGUUUAUUCUGUUUGGGGUGGACAGAGGAGUUAUGUUGAACGCGAUCGGGCGCGGAGCCGACUACUGUGACCUCGGACGUGUUUCUAUAUUAUGAUAUUGUUCUCUUUUUCCUUAAUAAAUGUUCAUCUUUGACAGCGGUUUGGGGUGUUGGUGUUUUGUGUCCUGAUUUCCCGCUCGGCGACAGAGAAACCCGGGUGACGGCUCAUUAAUGUGAUCGCCUCAUUGGUCAGGUAGCUGUGUAACUUAA